UUUCGUAAUUAAAAACCCCGAAACAAACUGUACCCGCCAUCCUCCUAAAACCCUAGCGGCUUCGUUCCCCAAGCAAGCUAGCCAUGGCAGCCGCCGCCGCCGCCACCCCGCUUGACGACGCCAAGGCCAAGAAUGUUAUCCGCCAGGUGGAGUUCUAUUUUAGCGACAGCAACCUCCCCCGCGACGGGUUCCUACGUAGGACCGUCGAGGAAAGCGAGAAUGGGUUGGUGAGCUUGGCUCUCAUUUGUUCCUUCUCGCGGAUGAGGUCACACCUAGGUCUCGAAGGGGAUGUGAAACCGGAUACUGUGCCAGAGGAGACCGUACUUGCAGUUGCUGACGUCUUGCGCCGUUCCACAGCCCUCCGUGUAUCAGAGGAUGGGAAGAAAGUUGGUAGGUCUAAGGAGUUGUUGAAGCCAGAUGAGGUUAUAGAUCAAGUGGACUCUAGGACAGUUGCUGCAUCACCGCUUCCUUACAAUGUAAAACUGGAGGAAGUUGAAUCUUUUUUUGCUCAAUGUGGCAAGGUAAAUAGUGUGAGGCUGCCUCGACAUGUUUCUGACAAAAGACAUUUCUGUGGUACUGCUUUAGUUGAAUUUUCAGACGAAGAUGAAGCAAAAGGUGUUUUCGAGAAAAAACUCGUAUUUGCUGGGGCCGACCUGCAAAUAAGACCAAAGAAGGAAUUUGAUACUGAAAGAGAGGCAAAGAAAGAAGCAUAUGAAAAGUCACAUCCUAAUAAGAGCGGUCAUGGUGAAGGCUAUCCAAAAGGUCUGAUUCUGGCCUUCAAGCUGAAGAAAAUUGCAGUUGAUAGUGAGACAGAAAAAAAUGGUGGGGGCAAAGUAGAUGACACUGACCUUACUAAGAAUGAAGGAGCUUCCGAUGCUACAGAGAAAUCUAGCGUAGAGAAUGAAGAGAAGAUCCCUGAGAAUAAAGGCAAUGUGAGUGAGGAGCAGUCAGAUGCUGUUGAGGAAUUGAAAGGGGUAUCUGCUGGGGAAACUUCACAAUCUGUUGACAAGGAUGAUAAAAGCCCUUCAGACAAUGCUCAAGAUAAAAUCUCGAGGGAGGACUUAAAAGAAGAAUUCACUAAAUUUGGCACAGUGCGGUAUGUGGACUUUAGCAUUGGGGAAGAUUCUGGAUUCAUUCGGUUCGAGGAUUCCACAGCAGCUGACAAGGCCCGUGCAUUUGCAGCCAUUGCAGAUGAAGGUGGUUUGACUAUGAAAGGCCACAUAGUCACUUUGGAACCUGUGUCUGGUCAAGCCGAAAAGGAUUAUUGGAGUGCAAUUCGAGGUGGUCAGGAGAAAUAUAAAGAUAGCCGAAACAACAGAGGACGAGACUGGAGGAAUAAUAGAGGCGGAAAGCCGUUUGGUGGUGGGAAGCGGGGGCGACACUUCGACUCCCGUGACAGGGCCUCCAAUAAAGCUCAGAAAGUUUAGAUGCAAUAUAGAUUUAGUCUCGAUAUAAUGAGGAAAACAUAUAUAUGCUGCGCCGCUUCCGUCCGCAUUUGUGGAAGGGGCAUUUUUUUAUGUUUAUUAUUUGAAUGUUGGCCUGAACUUUGAAAAGCAGACUGUGAACCAUGAGGCAUGCUGAUAAUGUCAUAAUGAUGAGAAUUGAGUACUGAUACUUAGCAACGAUUACCCGGAAGGGUCGUAGGAGCAUGCCUUGCCUUUUUCUUGAGAUGAAUAGAUGAUGGAUGUCACGGUA